UUACCACGUUCCUUGGUGUUGGGCUUUGAGAGUAAUAUUCCAGCAUCACAAAACAUUUUUGUCAAAAAGCAUUUAUUAAAAGCGUGUAUAUUUCUCACUGCCCUACUGAGGCUCAGGAGUGAAGAGGAGAAAAAGAAGGACUUUAAAAUUCUGUCAUCUACUUUCUGCUGUCUUAGAAGUCCUGAAUUGCCAAGAACUCAGAAAACGAAUAAGGUCAGGAUCCCAUCUGUUGAUUGUAUUAAAAUAUAUGGUUGGUUAAAAUGUCUGGGGAAGCGUAAACGUGUAGUGUUGACAAUUAAAGAUAAACUUGACAUCAUAAAGAAACUUGAAGAAGGUAGCUCUUUCAAACGACUUUCAGUUGUUUAUGGGAUUGGUGAAUCAACAGUUCGGGAUAUAAAAAAGAACAAAGAGAGAAUUAUAACUUAUGCAAAUAGUUCAGAUCCAACAAGUGGUGUAUCCAAACGCAAAUCUAUGAAGUCAUCAACAUAUGAGGAACUUGAUAGGGUUAUGAUAGAAUGGUUCAACCAGCAAAGAAAUGAGGGGAUUCCGGUAUCUGGAACAAUUUGUGCCAAGCAAGCAAAAUUCUUCUUUGAUGCUUUGGGGAUGGAAGGUGAUUUUAAUGCAUCAUCUGGCUGGCUAACCCGUUUUAAACAGCGGCAUGGCAUUCCAAAGGUUGCUGGUCAAGGUACAAAGUUAAGUGGUGGGGAUGAAACAGCAGCCAGUGAGUUUUGCUGCAGCUUCAGGGAAUUUGUUGAAAAAGAGAAUCUACAACCUGAGCAGAUUUAUAGUGCUGACCAAACUGGAUUAUUUUGGAAGUGUCUACCAUCAAGGACAUUAGCUUUUGAAACAGAACACAGCACUUCUGGGUACAGGUCAAGCAGAGAGAGAAUCAUCAUCAUGUGUUGUGCUAAUGCUACUGGUUUACACAAACUUAAUCUUUGUGUAGUGGGGAAAGCAAAGAAACCCCGUUCAUUUAAGGGAACUGAACCUUCCAACCUCCCUGUCUCUUACUUCAGUCAAAAAGGUGCAUGGAUAGAACGUCCUGUUUUCAGGCAGUGGUUUGACAAAAAUUUUGUGCCACAGGUAAGAAAGAAUUUAAAAUCCAAAGGGUUGCUGGAAAAAGCAGUAUUGCUUUUGGAUUUUCCACCAGCUCAUUCAGAUGAAGAAAUCUUGAGUUCAGAUGAUGGUAAAAUAUUUGUGAAAUAUUUGCCUCCUAAUGUGACAGCUUUAAUUCAACCAAUGAGCCAAGGAAUUUUAGCCACAGUGAAGAGGUAUUACCGAGCAGGACUUCUUCAGAAAUACAUGGAUGAAGGUAUCGAUCUUAAAAUGUUUUGGAAGAACCUAACUGUGUUAGAUGCUAUUUAUGAAGUGUCAAGGGCAUGGAAUAUGGUAAAGUCAGUGACCAUUACUCGAGCCUGGAAUAAACUUUUCCCUAGUAGUGAGGAAAAUAUAGGCCUGAACUUUGAUGAGGGAGCUAUUUUAGCAGCUAACUUAGCCACAGUUUUACAGCAUACAGAAGGUUGUGAAAAUGUUGAUAUUGAAAACAUUGAAGACUGGUUUGAAGCUGAGAAUGCUGAGCCGAGUUAUGAUGUAUUAACAGAUAGUGAAGGGACACAAGGCCAGGUAGACCAAGCUGAUCAUGCAAGUAAAAAUGAGGAGGUAGAGGAAACGGAGCUUAUUUCACAAAGGCAUAUUAGCCAUAAAUCUGCUCUUGAGUGGACUGAGAAUUUACUAGAUUACCUGGAACAGCAGGAUGAUAUGCUUCUGUCUGACAAACUGGUAUUAAGAAGGCUUCGAACCACGAUAAGAAAGAAACAGAAGACUCAAAAUAAUAACAAAAGUCAGUAACAGUAUUUUUAAGUGUUUGUGACUUUGUGACUAUUAACUUGCACUGAAGCUUCAUUAUUUAGUAUUGUUAAUUCCAAAGCCAAAUACAUUUUAUAAAUGGAUUUAGGAUUAGCAAUGCCACUGCUUUCUUCCAGUACCACUGAUCAUUAAGAGUUAAUCUGUAACCUUCCUGUUGUUUCUAAACUUUAUUGUAUUAAUUACAUCAUGAGUCUCAUGAGGCUGGUGAUCUUGUGUCUUGUUUUGUACCCAGAUGACAUAGA